GUGUAGAGGAGCAUUUUCCCUGAGGAUCGAACUAUCGGAGGCGGGAAGAGAAAGACGAUCUCCACACUCUAUCUCUCUCUAGAUUUUGCUCUCUUUCUCUCUCUAAAAUGGCGGCCAAGGAAGAAGAAGCUCCAAAGAUUGAAGAAUCGAAGAUGGCAGUGAAUGAAGAAGAAGAAGAAGACGACGAGCACGGUUGCAAAGAGAGGGUUCUGAUGAAAUACUUCCUUUUGGAAUGGAAGCUCGUCAAGUCUCUCCUCGACGACAUCGUUUCCAAUGGACGAGUCUCAGAUCUCUCUUCUGUUUACAGGAUCCGAUCCAUCGUGGACAAGUAUCAGGAACAGGGUCAACUUUUGGAGCCUUACCUAGAAACCAUAGUUUGUCCACUGAUGUUCAUUGUGCGGUCUAGAACCAUUGAACUAGGGGUAGACUCAGAUGAAGUUCUUGAUAUAAUCAAGCCUAUAUGCAUUAUUUUAUAUUCUCUGGUCACAGUUUGUGGGUACAAAGCUGUUAUCAAGUUCUUCCCACAUCAGGUUUCUGAUUUAGAACUCGCAGUAUCUCUCUUAGAGAAAUGCCAUGUUGUAAAUUCAGUAACAUCACUGCGGCAAGAAAGUACAGGAGAGAUGGAGGCAAAAUGUGUGAUAUUACUGUGGCUUUCCAUUCUUGUGUUAGUUCCUUUUGAUAUCUCCUCUGUGGAUAGUAGUAUUGUCAACAGCAAUUCUCCUGGGGGAGAUGAGUCACCCCCCUUGGUACAGAGGAUAUUAGGGUUCUCUAAAGAUUACCUUUCAAAUGCGGGUCCCAUGCGCACCAUAUCUGGAUUGCUGCUCUCAAGGCUUCUAACACGCCCUGAUAUGUUGAAGGCUUUUAUCAGCUUCACUGAAUGGACACAUGAAGUUCUAUCUUCGAUCACAGACAAUGUUAUGGAUCACUUUCGGUUGCUUGGUGCUGUGGAAGCACUGGCUUCCAUCUUCAAGGCUGGAAGCCGGAAACUGCUACUUGAUGUGGUUCCUGUUUUGUGGAAUGACAUAUCUGUCUUGAUGAAGUCCAGUACAGCAGCCCGUAGUCCUUUACUUCGCAAGUAUCUGGUAAAACUAAGUCAGCGGAUUGGGCUUACUUGCCUCCCUCAUCGUUCACCAUCCUGGCGUUAUGUGGGUAGACACAGCACACUUGGGGAGAAUAUUGCACCAGGUGUGUCAAGAAGAAUUGAUCAAUGCAAUCACAGUGCAAAUGAUGAUUGCAAUUCUAACAAAAAUGCAGUCUGCCCGCAAGAGGAAGAUAUGGAUGUUCCAGAGAUUGUUGAAGAGAUAAUUGAGUUGUUGCUGUCAGGAUUGAAAGAUACGGACACUGUUGUGCGUUGGUCUGCGGCAAAAGGUAUUGGUCGUGUAACUUCACAUCUAACAUAUACGCUCUCAGAUGAAGUCCUGUCAUCUGUAUUAGAGCUGUUUACGCCUGGUGAGGGAGAUGGUUCAUGGCACGGAGGUUGCUUAGCAUUGGCUGAGCUGGCUCGUAGAGGAUUGCUCUUGCCCAUCAGUUUUCCUAAAGUUGUACCUGUUGUUGUAAAGGCGCUGCAAUAUGAUAUUCGGAGAGGUCCACACAGUGUUGGAUCGCACGUACGUGAUGCUGCUGCUUAUGUUUGUUGGGCAUUUGGCCGUGCAUAUUAUCACACGGAUAUGAAAAGUGUACUGGAACAGCUUGCUCCGCACCUUUUAACGGUGGCCUGCUAUGACCGUGAGGUUAACUGUAGAAGAGCAGCUGCAGCUGCUUUUCAGGAGAAUGUUGGGAGACAAGGGAAUUAUCCUCAUGGCAUUGACAUAGUGAAUACAGCUGAUUAUUUUGCACUAUCCUCACGAGUAAACUCUUAUCUUCAUGUUGCUGUCUGUAUUGCUGAGUAUGAUGGAUACCUUCUUCCUUUUGUUGAUGAACUGAUAAACAAGAAGAUCUGUCACUGGGAUAAAGGCUUGAGAGAACUUGCAACAAACGCCCUUGCUGCUCUUGUAAAAUAUGAUCCUGAAUAUUUUGCAAAUUAUGUUCUGGAGAAAUUAAUUACGUGCACUCUCUCAUCUGACCUGUGCAUGCGUCAUGGUUCAACCUUAGCAGCUGGGGAAGUUGUUUUUGCUUUACAUCAGCAUGAUUAUGCUCUUUCAACAGAUAAACAAAAACAUGUGGCUGGUAUAGUUCCUGCUAUAGAGAAAGCACGGUUGUAUCGUGGAAAGGGUGGAGAGAUAAUGCGUUCUGCCGUUUCCCGCUUCAUUGAACGUAUCUCUUCAGCUCACAUACAUCUGCCUGAAAAAGGAAAGCGAAGUUUGCUUGAUACUCUUACUGAGAAUCUGAGACACCCUAAUUCUCAUAUACAGAAUGCUGCUGUUGAAGCCUUAAAACACUUCGUUCCAGCUUACCUUGUCGGUGCAGAUGAUAAAAGUGUUAGUGAUAUCAUGUCCAAAUACCUGGAACAGUUGACCGAUCCUAAUGUGGCUGCAAGAAGAGGAUCUGCAUUCGCAAUCGGUGUCUUGCCUUUUGAGCUUCUGGCUAAAAGAUGGAAGAUUGUGAUACUAAAGCUUUGUAGUGCAUGUGCAGUUGAGGAUAAGCCUGAAGAUAGAGAUGCUGAAGCGCGGGUAAAUGCUGUCAAGGGACUUGUAUCUGUGUGUGAAACAUUAACUGAGACAAGAGAAUGUUCUGAUUGGGAUGAUAUGCCUCUCUUUUUAUUGAUCAAGAAUGAAGUGAUGCAGACUUUAUUUAAAGCACUGGAUGAUUACUCCGUAGAUAACAGAGGUGAUGUAGGUUCUUGGGUUCGUGAGGCUGCCAUGGAUGGCCUUGAGAGGUGUACAUAUAUCCUCUGUAAGAGACAUUCCAUGAACGUCUCAGGUAAAUCAUGUGGAGUUGAAUCUAUCUCAGAUCAGCCUGAGGGUGAGAUGGUUGAGAAUAACCAGAUGUAUACGUUAUUCGAUGCAAAUCUGGCAACCAGUUUGGUUGGAGGAAUCGUUAAGCAAGCUGUCGAGAAGAUGGAUAAAAUAAGAGAAAGGGCUGCAAAGGUUCUCCAAAGGAUUUUGUAUAACAAAACAAUUUUUGUGCCCUUCAUACCUUGCAGGGAAAUGUUAGAAGAAAUCAUUCCCAAUAAGGCUGAAUUAGAGUGGGGGGUACCCACUUUCUCAUAUCCUCGUUUCAUGCAGUUACUUCAGCUUAGUUGUUAUAGUAAAUCUGUGCUGUCUGGAUUAGUUAUUUCCAUUGGCGGGCUACAAGAUUUUCUGAAAAAGGCAUCACUCACUGCUUUGUUGGGUUAUCUCCAAGCCUCUGAAUCUGGAAAACACAAUGAGCAAAACUUCAGAGAGUAUAAUUUAUCUACAGACAUCCUCUGGGUUCUUCAACAGUACAGAAGAUGUGACAGAGUUGUUAUACCUACUUUAAAGACCAUCGAGAUUCUUUUCAGCAAGAAGGUGUUCUUGAGCAUGGAGGCCCAGACUCAAGUCUUCUGUGCUGGUCUUUUGGCAUCACUCGCUGUUGAGUUGAAGGGAUCAAAGGACUUCUCCAAGCUAUAUGCGGGCAUUGCAAUACUCGGAUAUAUUGCCUCACUUUCUGAUUCUAUCAACGUCCAGGCUUUCUCCCAUCUUCUGACUUUCCUUGUCCAUCGAUACCCUAAGAUUCGGAAGACUUCUGCUGAACAAGUGUACCUUGUUCUCCUGCAAAAUGAAAGUCUUGUGGCGGAGGACAAAAUAGAGAAAGCACUUGAAAUUAUUUCUGAAACUUGUUGGGAAGGUGAUGUUGAAGAAGCGAAGCGACAAAGGUUACAACUGCAUGAUGUGGCUGGUCUAGAAAGUGUGCAAUUUCUCAAAACUAGCAAUGAAAUGUCGAACAAGGACAGUAAAAAGAAGACAUCAGCUUCCGAUGAAAACGCAUUGUAUUCUUCAUUAGUAGGGUCCACCGGGUUCUAACUACCUAAAAUGCAACCAUCAUUUUGUUGUAGAUAAAUUUUCUUUCAAAAUCUCCCAUGGCUGUUGUAUGCUUGACCUCCCGCCCAAGUAAUAGAAAUCUGAGGGGUGGGCAUGUUGGUUGAAAGCUUGUUUGAUUGAUGAGAAAAUGAAAGACUUGGGAAAUUUUGGAGAUUUGUACGUGUGGGGGUGUGAUGUGAAUUUAUGUUGUUUUUUUCCUUGGGGAAGAGCAGCUGAAUAUACUUUUUUGGUUCCCUAGUGCUACCUGUUUGACAAUGAUUAUAUCACUUAUUUCUCUUGA